GGCCAAAAAAACACUGAACUUUGCGGGAAUUGCCAAAAGAAACCUGGACAUAUGGGCUAGCCAAUAAAAUCCUGAACUUUUGUUGACUUUUCGGGUUUAUUAAGAAACUUACGAUUGACUGACCAGAUUAACACACCGUUAACCGAGUUAACUGUUAAUUAAGCGGACGUUAAUUUUGGGUGUUAAAGUAUACGACGUCGUUUCAUCACUUUGUCUGAUUAAAGACAAACGACGUCGUUUAUAUAGCUGUGUUAUUAAAAAUAUGGGUUUCCAACGGCUCGAACUCGUGUACUGGGGUUUAAUGGUAGGGGUUUUUGCCACUGAGCUAGUGGACUUUGCAAUGGAUAUACGAACACAGUUUCUUUUAUUCUCUUUGAAUCCGACUUAAAUGAAUCAAAAAGAAACGACGGCGUUUUCUCCUCCGAUUGGUAUAAACCCUAAAUGGGCGAAAUCAUAAAUCCAGUUCGCGAUUCAAGCUCGAUUCUCUUCGAUCUCGUCCUUAAGAAUCUCGAUUCUCAUCUCUCCUUCUUCGAGUAUCGCAUGAUGAGUUCGGGUUGUGAGGAUUCGUCUGUGAAUACGAUGGGAAUUCGUGGUAUCCCGGAGCAAUGCGGCUGUGGUCGAAGAACUGGGAUAUACACAUCAAAAACGAAGGUCAAUCCAGGAAGAACUUUCUUUAGAUGCCCAACGUUUCAAAAUGAUCACUUGUAUAAAUGGCUAGAUGAAGCUGUCUACGAAGAGGUUCAAGAUGCAUUGCCAAAAAUUGAGUGCUUUGCAUCAGAUGUUAUGAAACUUAAAAUGGAGAUCGAAAGCAUGAAAACCGUGGAGGAAGAGUUGAAAGAAGAUGUCAGGAAGGCGAGCAAUGAACUUAAGAAGCUGAAUGUGAUCAUGAAAGUGGGUUUUUCGGUGGUUUGUUUAGGCGGUGUGAUAUGUCUUGUAAGGCUAUGUUUACCUAAGAACUCAUGUUGAUCAUGUUUGACAAAGCAGAUGGGUUGUCUAUGAAUAUCUACUAGGAGACUCUAUUUAUGUAAGGCUAUGUUUAUGUAAGACUCAUGGUUCAUGUAAGGCUAUGUUUUAAGACAAUGUUUCAGUAAUGUUUAUGUUUUACUUCU